AUGUCGGAUAUGUCAGCUACAGUCACACCUACUGAUAAUGGAUUUCAUGUUGAUGGUUAUGAAAAGAUUACAUAUGAUUUUCGUUUUGUUGAUCAUAUAUUUGAUCCCAAAAAAAGUGAUUUAGCAGAUUGUUAUAAAACAUGGGGACGUUGUUUAGUUAUUAUUGAUAAUAAUGUCCAUAAAAUACAUUCACAAGCAUUAGAAAAUUAUUUUUCAAUAUAUAAUAUAAAAUGUACAAUAAAAGUUAUUGAAAGCGGUGAAUUACGUAAAACAAUGAAGACAAAAUUAGAAAUAAUUGACACAUUUGCUGAAUAUGGUCUUGUUCGUAAAGAACCAGUUCUUGUUAUUGGUGGUGGUGUAUUGACUGAUGUAGCUGGUUACGCAUGUGCAUCAUAUAGACGUAAAUCAAAUUUUAUUCGUAUUCCAACAACAUUAAUUGGUUUAAUUGAUGCAAGUGUUUCAAUAAAAGUUGGUCUUAAUCAUGAGAAAUUAAAAAAUCGUCUUGGUGCUUAUCAUGCACCAAUAAUGACAUUUUUAGAUUUUUCAUUUUUAAAAACUUUAUCUGAAGGACAUAUUCGAAAUGGUUUUGCUGAAUUAAUUAAAAUUUCAGUUGUUGGUGAAAAAACUGUUUUUGAUUUACUUGAUAAAUAUGGUGAAGAAUUAAUUUCAACACGAUUUGGUUAUUUAGAUGGAUCAUCAGAUGAAAUACGUCAUGUUGGAAAACAAAUUAAUUAUCUUGGUAUUAAAAAAAUGCUUGAACUCGAAGUACCAAAUUUACAUGAAGUAAUGCUUGAUCGUGUUAUUGCUUUUGGUCAUACGUGGUCACCAACACUCGAACUUACCCCAACAAUUCCACUUCGACAUGGUCAUGCAAUUAAUAUUGAUAUGGCAUUUUCAGUAACAAUUGCAUGGAAACGUCAUUUAAUUAGUAUCGAGGAACGUGAUCGUAUUCUUCAUCUUAUGUCACGUGUUGGUCUUACACUUGAUCAUAAAUUAUUUCAAAUUGAACUUAUUUGGAAAGCUAUGAGAUCAAUAAUGUUAACACGUGAUGGUCAUCAACGUGCUGCUAUGCCUUAUUCAAUUGGUCAAUGUAUUUUUCUUAAUGAUUUAACUCAUGAUGAACUUGAAUCGAUUUUAAGAGAACAUAAAGAAAUUGUUAAAGUUUAUCCACGUAGUGGUGAUGGUCUUGAUGCCUAUAUUGAUCAAAAUGAUUAUACAGAAAUAAGUGAUUCAGAUGCUGCUAAUAUGAUUUCAAUAAAAGAAUUAAAUGGAGAAGCUGUUCUUGAUCUUGUUUCUUCCACUGCAUUAUUAACUAAAACAAUAGAAAUGAAUGGUUUUACUCAUACAAAUAUACUCCCUGUUAUUAUCUAA